GUCUCUAAUUGGCUUGUACUGUGACUUUGUACACAUGCUGUCAUUGUGUCGUAUUAGUUUUUCAUUUCUUAAAUAAAACUGGGAGUGCGAAGUUGUUCAAAAAUUCAAGACAGCUUGUUGUUCCUGAAGCCGAUAAAUGUCAGCCAAUAAACCCUUCUACAUGAGUCCGAGUCUGGGGAGGAAGACGAGCGCCGAGAUCGUGAGCGAGGCUCGCCGAUCCCUUAGGACAGUCCACACACAGCGGCCUUUCACGCCAAAGGACGACCAGAGGCGGCUCUUGGGCCAGUAUCCAUGCCGGGCCCUGGAGAGCAGACCCCCUUCAUCUUUCAGCCUUGAGGCUCGCCAUUUUGAAGAGUCUGAUUCGAGGCCCGGAUCGGGCAAACGUCUCUCCCCACUCGAAUAUAGACCCCAAAUGCCGCCACUCCCAGGUGAGGGGGACCAUGAUCAUGACUCCCCAGAAUUAUCUUCUGCUACCCCCACAUCUCCCACCAAUCCCCAACAGCCCAGGACGGGCAGCACAGGGCGGGCCCGUUUGCUCAGAGCCAACCCCGCGAGGGGGCGGCCACUGAUGAGACUGCCGGCGCACAGUAAACAUAAUUCUGAUCCUUCAAAUGAACCAGGCCAUUCUUUGAGAUCAAAUACCCAGCAGGAUGGAACUCCUGAUUUCUGGCUAUGUGAAAAGGGAGACCCCUCUUUGUCCCCCAGCGAGAAAGCCGUUCCCCUCAGACACGGGACCGAAAGGCCUUCCCUCAGACCUUCCCGGCCUACAAGGAACCGCUCAGGAUCUGUGCCACGAACAGCAGGUUUCCAGGAGCACUGUUGGGAAACUCUUCUGUAUGCUCGGGGUAACGGUAACUAUGCGGCUACGGAGGCAGAGGAAACCACAGCCCAGAAGAGCCGACUUUCAGACCUCCUCCAGGAGAUUCACUCAUUGGCGCAAGCUGGAGCGGUUGAGGAGCUGUGCUGCACAUGCGAGCGCCUCCACAUUGCCCUGGCCGAGGGGGCUGUGCUGGGCAGGAACUCCAGCGUGAGGCCCACCCUCCUCCGGACACUCUUCAAGCUGGUCGACCUGGGCUCCGACAAGCUCAGCCUGCAUCUGGCCAACCUCACCCUGGUGCUCGGCAUCAGUGGAAACAACCUGCUGAACAUCUGCAAGCUGAUCUUCAGAGUCAGCCGGGACAACGGGAACGAUGCGCUCUUCCGGGGCCACCCCGUGACCGCCUCUCUGCUGACGCUGCUCCGCCACAGUGACGCAUGCUCUGACGGCGAGGCGCUGCUGUACUGCGUCGGUGCGCUGAAGUUCCUCUCGGCCGAUGCGGGCCUACGAAGGCAGCUGCAGGCCGCCGGCGCCGUCCGGACCCUGCUCUUGCUUGCCGGUCAGCUGAACGGGCUCCAUGCGCAGACAGGCAAGCGCCAGGUCGUCUGGGGCCACAUCCUGCUGCAGCUGACCGCCACCCUGAGGAACCUGGCAGAGCUCCCCGAGUGCCGGCCUGAGUUCCUGACCCGCCCGGGACUUCCCGAGCUGUGCGGGGUGCUGACGCUGCACGCCGGAGACGCGGACGUGUGCACCAACGUGGCCCGGAUAUUCAGUAAGCUGUCCUCCUACCACGACUGCUGUUUGGCCCUGGCCGACACCCCCAGCUGCUACCCGGCCUUCUCAAUGCUCUUGAGGAACCACAGCAAGCGGCAGGACCUGGUGGUGCGCAUUCUCUUUACCCUGGGAAGCCUGACAGCUAAGAGUGACGUGGCCCGCCGACAGACGUGCGGGCAGGACAGCAAUCUCCUGGACGCUCUCCUGCCCCUGUUCCAGACGUGUCGCGCUCCGUGCGCCACUGCCUCCGAGGAUGUUUUGGCGAAGCUGACCCGCGUCCUGGCCAACGCGGCCAUUUGCCCCGCGACCGGCGCCGCCCUGGUGGCCAACGCGCAGUGCGUCCACUCGCUGCUCGAUGUUCUCGAGCGCAGCCUUUCUGAGGGCCGCGAGGAGGUCAUCUUGAACACCACCAUCGCCAUCAACAACCUGUCCUUCUAUGAGAGCGAUGGCUCCGUGCUGUGGGCACAGCCGCUAGUCCUCGCUCGCGUGUUGUUGAAGCAGCUCCUGAGCACCAACAUGGAUGUCGUGCUGGAAGCCAUGUGUGUGCUGGGAAACAUCUCGCGCUCCCAGGAUGUCCGGGACUUCAUACUACAUCACAAAGCUUACCGGUUUGCAGUGGCUCUGCUGGACUCGAAGCGGCAGGACCUGUGUUACGCCUGCUGCGGGGUGCUCACCAACCUCUCUACGGACCGGAGGCUUAGAACCGCCCUCAGGGAUGAGGGGGUCGUGCAAAAGUUGCUGGACUGCCUGCGGGACUGGGGGCCAUUGGACUGGCAGCUGGCCAGUGUAGCGUGCCAGGCGCUGUGGAACUGCAGCGAGGAUGGCGGCGUGCUCUGCUUCGAGGAGCGUCACUGUCGCUCGCUGCUGCGCCUCCUCUCCCGCUACCUGAACAAAGACCAUAUGCUGCAUUGGACCACGGGAGAAGGUGCUGGACAGGAAGUUGGCAUCUUUUACCAGAGAUGCUGGGAAAGCGAAUUCCUUCCUGUGGCGCAGCGGCUGCAGGACAGGAUCCAGAGGCAGGUCGGCGCCCGCGAGCCACUCGCAGUGCCAUCCUAGCCUCGCGAUUGGCCGGCGUACUUGUGGCGUGACUCGCUCAGGCUGUGAAAUGUCCGUUUUACUACUGGGCGGAUCCACUCAGAUGACGAAUCCAGUGUUGCACUUUAGAAUCAGAACAAUGUGAAUGUAUGUUUCUUUGAAGUCCGAAAUGUAAAUGUGGGCGUGGCUGGUUUCCCGUCUCGGCCAAUUCUGUGCAGCUCUGCAGUACAGUGGGCAGCACACUGGCCUCGCACCUCCAGCGUUGUGGCUUGUAUUCCGGCCCCAGUUCUGCAUUUGCCCAUACAGAAUUUGCCCACUUUGAUCGGCUGGUUUCCACCCACAGUCCAAGAUCUGUGAUUUAGAUUGAUCAGUUUCUAAAUUGCCCUCAGUUCUGGGAAAUAGGAUGGUGCAUCUGUAAAGGCAAAGAACCACAUGAUUGAUUGAUGGAUGGAUGGAUGGAUGGUAGCCCUGUCUCUGAAUGUCUGCCCUACAUAAUAUAAAUUACCACACAAAAAACUGGAAGACAACUGAAACCUUUUAAAAGUUUUAUUACAUCAACAUGGGAAAGAACAGUGAUUGAGGCACAGAGGAGCAACAGUGUAAUAUUAGUAAUACGAUUAUAGAAAACACUUGGGAAAAGUCACCAGCUUUCUGGUUAGAUACAUCUUUCUGAAGCCCUACAUUCCAAUAAUAAAAUAAUAACUAAGACAACAGAAACUGUCAUGUAAAAAACGAAGAGGGCCAGGCUGUAGGAAGAAGGAACUUCUGAGACGGCUUCCAUAUGCAAUCCAGCAUGUAGACAGGCUGAUGAAAUAUACAUAUCAGAAGGCAGAAUGCAUGUGUUAGACACAUAUCCUCAUUCACCUCUUUUUGGGUCGACGGUGUUGGAUGGCGGCGACAGUGCAGUGCCACCUUCUGCCUGUGCUUUUAAACGUCAUUUCACCAGGUCUUCAUUAAAAGAGACUCUACCUGCAGAUCUACAAUCCUUAUGAACUUGGCUCUGUUUUCCUCAUGCUGGAAUAAAAGGCCUGUGCAGUUUU